CCUCCGCACGGUCUCUUCCGCACCUCUCCCGUCGAUGCCUCUACUUGCCGAUAAUCGUGAUGCUCAUAAGCAGACGCAGACUACACUGUCAGAAACUCAACUCGACGUUGACAGAUCGUACGAUAGAAGACUUCAUGACUCUACGAAAUGAACUCUCGGCAGCUCGCGCCGUCGCCUGUCAUAUCAGAAGCCUCCGGGCGCCUGCUCUGGCCAAGAAAAACUCUUCCUCCUCCAACUGUUUCUCGUUCUCGACAUGCUUUUAUUCUACAAACCCUACUCGGUCUCCAAUCAGGCUACUCGUGUUAAUACCCCAGGUCCAGACGCCUCUUUCUCGCCUGUCUGUGCUUUUCUGCCUUCUGUCUUCCUGUCUUCUCAUGCGCCGCUCUAAUACAUAUACGGCCCCCCCCCCCCUUCCUCUUCUCUCUUUUCAGCCCACCACCCUCCGCCAUGAUUCUCCCCCGCCUGAGUCUUCUUCUCACGCUCAGCUCGCUGAUCGCCUCCUGCGCAGCAGACUUCGCCACCCGCAACGAAGUCUACAGCUGCCUGAGGACGACCACCAAAGGCAUCGCCGCCCACACAAAUGCCACCUCCGUGCUCGCCUCCGUGCUCUACUGCUACGACAAGCUCUUCUGGAUCUCCUCCUACGUAUGCUUGCACGAGCUCGCGCCGAGCAAGGUCGGCCAGCUUUAUCCCUACCUCGACGAGUACUGCGAGGGCGUGCUCCCGGACGAGGACACUUUGGUUGAGUAUUAUGAUAACGCGACCGAGACGAACUGGGUCGUUGAUUUCUACUCGCUCGCAAAGGGACAGAUCGUGGACGCGCCAAUCACGCCAAACAAGACGGCUUAUGCUUUUAGCAUGGAUUACUUCGUUCCCAUGUACACCGAGAUCGAGAACGGAAACUACUUUGCCAAGGCAAUUCUCGGCUACUGGGGCUUCAUCAUGGUGUUUGGCAUUGUCUACAACUUCAUGAGCAAGGCGACGCCCGGAGCCCUCAUGAGUGUUCAGAUCAACUUCAUCCGCAAGCACUUGAUCCUCCCCGCCGCCAUCACCAAGCGCCACAGCCGCCCGAUCCCCUUCAUCGGAUACAUGCCGACGCGGAUCCAAUCCCUCGUCGUCUUCAUCCACGUGCUCAUGAACAUCCUCAUGGUCUCGAUCUGCUACUACGAGUACAAGGCCGACAACAUCUAUGGCUACUCAAAGUACAUCACCCGCCUUCUCAUGCUCAGCCACCGCAGCGCCAUCAUGUCCUUCGGCCAGCUCCCGCUCGUCUUCCUCUUUGCUUCCCGCAACAACGUGCUCGCCUGGAUCACCGGCUGGUCGUUCGACACCUUCAACGUCUACCACCGCUGGGUGUCCCGCACCAUGUUCCUCCACGCCGCAAUCCACUCCGUCGCCUGGACAAUGUACGGCCACAACCGCGCCUACCUCGAUCUCUACUGGGCCCAGCCCUACUGGCGCUGGGGCGCGGCCGCCACCAUCGUUGGCGGCGUCAUGCUCGGCCAGGCAUGGCAGUUCUUCCGCCAGCACGCCUACGAGCUCUUCCUCGCCACCCACAUCCUGCUCGCCAUCGCCUUCAUCGCCGGCUGCUACUACCACGUCACGCUCAUCGACUUUACCUUUGAGGAGUACUGCUGGGCCGCCAUCGCGUUCUGGGCAUUCGAUCGCGCCCUGCGUUUUGUCAGAUUGGUCCUCAACGGCGGCAUGCUCAAGACCUCCUUCGAAGCCCGCGGCUCUGACGUCUUCCGCGCCGACAUCAAGUACUGGAAAACAUGGGCCUUCUUCCCCGGCGCGCACAUCUACGUCUACGUCAUGCUCCCCACCGGGUUCUGGCAAUCCCACCCGUUCACCGUCUUCCAAUCCAACCUCCCCGGCGAAGAAGGCCACAUCAUCCUCCUCGGCAAGAAAAAGCACGGCAUCACAAACUCAAUCUACAAGCGCCUCGCAAACUCCUCCUCCCACCGCUCCGACCUCCGCAUCUUCGUCGAGGGCCCCUACGGCACGCACCACCACCUGCACGCUUUCGACUCUGCUGUCCUGAUCGCCGGCGGCAUCGGCAUCACCGCCGUCUUCCCCUACGCGCUCGAACUCGCGUCCACAAACUCUGGAAAGCAGCGCGUGGUCGUCCGCUGGGUGAUCCACGACGAAGACGCACUCACCUGGAUGCCGCAGGAACUCAACUCCCUCCUCGCAAACUCCGCAAUCGACCUCCAAGUCUUCAUCACCGCCCCCGGCACCUCCUCCUCCCCCACCACCGAGAAACUGCCUCUCCAAUCCGACUCCGACGCCGAGAAAUCCUCCGCCGCAUCAUCAAACUCCCUCGCGCUCGCGUCCCCGUCCCUGCAAAUCAUCCACCAACGCCCAGACAUGCUCUCCCUCAUCCCAGCCCUCAUCUCCCAACCCGACAUCGCAUCCGGCUCUGUCGGCGUGCUCGUCUGCGGCCUGCCCGGUAUGAACGACGACGCGCGCGCGGCGGUCGCGAAUAGUCUUGAGUUGGCGACCGGGAAGGUCGAGUACUUUGAGGAGGCGUUUGCUUGGUAAUGUGUAAUGUGUGUAAUGUGUUGAAAAUCGUGCAGAUGUUUAAUGUGUGUCUUGAGUUGUUGUUACUUACCGCCUAAAUCGGUUUUCAAUUAGUUUAAUAGUAAUAGUAAUAAUACGUCUUGCU